AUGGGUCGUAAAAAGAUUCAGAUUAAACCCAUAAAAGACGAAAGGAAUCGACAAGUGACAUUUCUAAAAAGAAAAUACGGCCUCAUGAAAAAAGCAUAUGAACUCAGUGUAUUAUGUGACUGCGAAAUAGCGCUAAUAAUAUUCAACUCGAAUAACAAGCUGGUACAGUACGCGAGCACCGACAUCGACAAGAUUCUGUUAAAGUAUACAGAGUACAGUGAGCCACACGAAAGUAAAGGAAAUCACGACUUUGCGAAUACAACAGAUAAUGGCGACGAAGAUGAUAUGCCACCACCAGGAUUCGAUGCCAUUAGUCCAACUACUGAUCAAAAAACGCAUCGAUACUCAAUUUCAUCACAAUUAUCACCAACCCCGCCGCAAGCAAACACCAAUCCCACACAAACCUACCACACACCAAUAUCGGCCACAUCAUACCCGAUGAGUAAUGCUAGCUAUAGCAUGUACCCACCACAACAACAGUAUAUGGUGCAGCAGGUAACCCAGACGCAAGUCACUCAAACGAUGCACCAUCAAUCGAUGGCAGCGAUGCCGAUGCCAAUGGUUAAUAUGCAAAUGUCGUCGAUGCCAAUGAUGACUCCAGUUCAUCAGCAACAACAGCCAUCACAGCCACCGCCACCACCUAAUUCUGCAUCUAAUCUUCCGCAGUUAUCUAUGACGACGUCAAUUGCCCCACCUAAUUUAUCAAUAACUCAGAGUCCUGCGCCGAUGGCUCAGAUUGAAGCCAAUCCAUCAUCAUCGUCAUUAUCGAAUGUAAAUAAUAACACGAAUGGUACCAAUAACGGUGAUUUAUUAUCACCUCCAAUUGUAUCACCAACCGCAAAGAAACCAAAGCUUCGAUCCUUACAAUCGACUGCUCAACAACAAGAUGGAUCUUCGGAUCAUGAAGAAGAAAGUCCAUCGGAAUCUCAACAACCAAUUCAAUCAUCUCAACCGCCAAGUUCACUAAGACCAACACCUUCGACAUCAGAUCCAGGACCAACAUCAGCACUACCACAACAAUUCGCGCAAAAUUUACCAUCCCCAUCAACCUUCUUCUCUGAAUUUUAUAAAUCAGCAGAGCUACCAAGUCCGCUAACCUAUAAUAAUACACCGACCAGCGCACAACCCGGUGCAUUUACUUGGCCACCACGGAAUAUAGCCGGGUAUCAACCAUCCCCGUUAUCAAACCCCUUACCAAAACACGAUAAUUCCGGUAAUUUAGCUAAAACGAGACCUCCACCGACUGAUGAUAACAAUAACGGUAGUGAAGAACCCAAUAAGAAAAAACAUAAGCAAUCAUAA